UCAUAUAAGUCAUUAAAAGUUUUGAUUUUGCAGAGUGAAACUGCAGCGCGGUGGGGGAUGGGCGCUCUGGUUUCUCGCGCCGUGCACGCGAGGUGGACAUUGACAACAACUAGCUUUUAUUUAACCGACUAACGUUAGUUAGCUGCGUUGCUAUGGAAGCAGCCACGUGUUGGAACUAGAAUCGCUCAUUUUUGCAUUUGUCUGGGGAGACUGUUGUUUCCGGUGACGUUUAUCCACGAUGCGUAUUAGCCGUGAGCUAAUAAUCGAAUGACAUGCAGUUGCGCUUCCGGCAGGGUGACAGGCUGAUUUGACUUUGCUUCCAUGGAUGGCAAGAGUAUGAGCAUCUAAUCAACACGUGGUAUCAUGGCUCCACUCUUGCCCUAACCUCUUGGUUCACCCAGGAUUCAAAAUGAGCGUAAGCAGUGAUGAGGUCAAUUUCCUGGUGUACAGAUACUUGCAGGAGUCAGGCUUCUCCCAUUCAGCUUUCACCUUUGGCAUAGAGAGCCACAUCAGUCAGUCCAACAUCAACGGCGCUUUGGUGCCCCCUGCUGCCCUCAUCUCCAUCAUCCAGAAAGGCCUGCAGUAUGUGGAGGCGGAAGUCAGCAUCAAUGAGGACGGUACGCUGUUUGAUGGACGACCGAUCGAGUCGCUGUCGUUGAUUGAUGCAGUGAUGCCAGACGUGGUGCAAACGAGGCAGCAGGUGUAUAAGGAUAAGCUGGCUCAGCAGCAAGCUGCCGCUGCCAAGAACGGAGAGAGCACGGCUAAUGGAGAAGAGAACGGAUCUCACACGCUGUCUAACCACCACUCAGAAAUGAUGGAGGUGGACAGGGCGGUGGAGAUCCCAGCCAGUAAAGCCAUGGUGCUGCGGGGCCACGAGUCUGAGGUCUUCAUCUGUGCAUGGAACCCUGUCAGUGAUCUGCUGGCGUCUGGCUCUGGAGACUCAACCGCACGGAUCUGGAACCUGAGUGAGAGCAGUGCAGGAGGAUCCACUCAGCUGGUGCUGCGGCACUGCAUUCGGGAGGGGGGACAGGAUGUACCCAGUAACAAAGACGUCACCUCACUGGACUGGAAUAGUGAAGGUACACUUCUCGCCACAGGAUCCUAUGAUGGCUUUGCCAGGAUAUGGACUAAAGAUGGUAAUCUUGCCAGUACACUGGGGCAGCACAAAGGUCCCAUAUUUGCUUUAAAGUGGAACAAGAAAGGAAAUUUUAUCCUCAGUGCUGGUGUUGAUAAGACCACCAUUAUUUGGGACGCACACACGGGAGAGGCCAAACAGCAGUUUCCAUUCCAUUCAGCUCCAGCUCUGGACGUGGACUGGCAGAGCAACAACACGUUUGCCUCCUGCAGCACAGACAUGUGCAUUCACGUGUGUAAACUGGGCCAGGAAAGACCAGUCAAAACAUUCCAGGGCCACACAAAUGAAGUCAAUGCAAUCAAAUGGGAUCCAACGGGGAAUCUCUUGGCCUCCUGCUCUGAUGACAUGACGCUUAAACUUUGGAGCAUGAAACAGGACACUUGUGUUCAUGACCUGCAAGCCCACAGUAAGGAGAUCUACACCAUCAAAUGGAGCCCAACUGGCCCUGGAACCAACAACCCCAAUGCCAACCUCAUGCUGGCCAGUGCGUCAUUCGAUUCAACGGUGCGUCUGUGGGACGCAGAGCGUGGUGCCUGCAUCCACACACUGACCAGACACCAGGAGCCCGUCUACAGCGUGGCAUUCAGUCCAGAUGGGCGGCACCUGGCCAGCGGUUCCUUCGACAAGUGUGUCCAUAUCUGGAACACACAGAGUGGUGCUUUAGUCAACAGCUACAGAGGGACGGGGGGGAUUUUUGAAGUAUGCUGGAACUCCACUGGAGACAAAGUGGGCGCUAGUGCAUCAGAUGGAUCGGUUUGUGUAUUAGAUCUAAGAAAAUGACGCUGUUGCUGGGAAGCCAUGGACCGACUACGAAUGUGUGCAUAGCCAUCAUCCACUGCUGUAGUCCACGCGUGAGGCACCAGACCACAGCCCAGACCAGCGGUCCCUCAGCUCCAUCACAACACGGACCUGUGAUGCUUACCACACACACAAAAUCAGCCUGCCUGAGAACUGUUAGAAACAGACACGCUGGACACAUGAGAAGUGCACACACACCCACACACGCCUCGUUAGUUCCUGUGUCCAUCAUUCCAAACCCAGAGGGCCGAGGUCCACGCCGCUGUCGUGAGCAUAUUGUACACGUCAGUGCUUCAGUGACGGUUUAGGUGUAACUGCAUGAGCUAAAGAGCAGAGCUGUUGAAUAUGGCCAACUUGUGGCCGUAUGAUAUCGACAAUUCGGAGUAUUGGCACUGUAUGUUUAGUGGCUC